AUGGUAAGAGAAAUACAUGGGUUGAACGAGUUUGGGGAUGCAAGAAAUCGUGAUGGAGGUGGAGAUGAUGGAAUGGUGCAUGUUGUUUCAUGGAUGGAUUGUUUAGACCUUAGAAUUCUUGCAGUUCUUGCAAAUUCAACUCUGUCUAGCUCAAGCUAUCCAGAACUGGUUUUCUUUCAUUUCUUUAUCCCUGGAGGUAAUGAAGACAAGGUGUCUUUCUAUAAGUUGAAGGUCUUGUUUCCACAUUCCAACCUUGAAAUUCACGGGCAGGAGGAGGUUAAAGAAAUGAUGAGGACUGCUUUUUCUGGUGGGCAAUAUGCUGAACCCAGUUAUGAGGAAAUGGCUAGAGUAGAGGAACUAAUUGGAGUUGACUUGGACGAUUAUGCUAUAGCAACUGCAGAAGACUGCUCUCAGAGAUUAAAAACUUUUGUGAAUUCAGAUGUGUUGGAUGCUAUUCAGAGAUCAGCUUCAAAGCCUUGGGUAUCAGAGACACCUUAUGCAAAGGAUACUUGUUUGCCAGACUUAAGUGUGCUCGUGAUUAAUGCGAGGAAAUUAGAAAAAGACUUUUUGAGGCCGUCUUAUGGUGGAGCAAAGCUCUGA